CCGAAACCGAAAGACAUCAUUCGGAAGCAGAAAACCUUCUACCUUAACUGGCGAGUCACGCUAAACGCACUCCGCCGGCGCCGGUUAUGGAAGUCGUGCUUGCUUCCUCCUCGGUUGACGGCGGCAUCAGCUGCUGGGACCUCCGCACGGGGGCCGUCCAGCUUCUCCACAAGUCCUGCGCCUCGUCGCCCCACGGCCUUGCGUGCAUCGGCCAACGCCUCAUCGCGUCCUCUCAGCUCAGCCAGCGCUCCGCCACCUUCGGCACCAUCUUCUACUGGUCAUGGGAUAAGCCCCAGGUAGAGGUUAAGAGCUUCCCCGCCGAGCCCAUUAAACCCCUCACGGCAAAUAGUGAAGGCACCUAUCUUCUUGGUGGAGGCGCGUCUGGAGAAAUCUACCUGUGGGAAGUUGCAACUGGUAAACUGCUUAAGCAUUGGCGUGCCCAUCUUAGAGCGGUAACUUGCAUGGUGUUGUCUGAUGAUGAUUCAAUCCUUGUGUCUGGGGCAGAGAAUGGAGACGUUAGAGUGUGGUCCCUCUACGAGAUUUUUGAAGAUACUUUGAGGCAGGAAGCAAAACAUUUGUAUAUGUAUGAUUUUAAAGAGCAUACCCAGAGAAUAACUGAUGUUGUCAUUGGUUAUGGUGGGUACAAUGCAAUAUUUGUGACGGCUUCCGAGGAUCGAACAUGUAAGGUCUGGAGCUUAUCCAAAGGAAUGUUGUUAAGAAGUAUUGUUUUCCCAUCUGUAAUAAAUGCAAUCGCAUUGGAUCCUGGGGAACAUGUCUUCUAUGCUGGUAGCGGUGAUGGUGAGAUAUACAUCGUUGCACUUCAUGCCGAAAGCAGAUCAAGUGGUGCUUACGGGAUGCAUAUCAUUGGCGCAUUAUCUGUCAAUAGCAAGGCUAUUACUUCUCUGGCGUACAGUACAGAACAAAACUUGUUAAUUUGUGGUUCAGAAGAUGGAACAGUUCAAGCAUGUGACACCCAAGGGCACAUUGUCCGCACCUUCAAACACACCACAGCUCAUGUCAACAAUGUUGCUGUAGUAAGAAAGCAUCAGUUAAUUCCACAGUCGCAACACUCGUAUAAAAAGAAGUGGUUUCCACCACCUUUGGAGAAGUAUGCAGACUCUACUGAUGAUGACACGGAUAUUAAAGCAGUUUGCAAUCUUCGAGACAUCCCUGGUGAAUCUUAUGAGCUUUCUUAUAUCAGUUCGAGUGUGACUAAUCAACAACUUAAAGAACUUGAGCAACAAGGCUCUUCGACUGCUAAAGAAGCAGAGUUGGAGAGGUUAAAGCUCGACUGCGAGAAAUCCAUGCAAUACAACCUGAAGUGGAAGCAAAUGUUCGAGAACUUGCACGAGUUCUGCGUCAAUGAGAUUGUAGACACUGAUCGAGCUACUCGGGCUAAGGCGAACAUCACCUGACGUUUGCUGUUCUGUGCAAGCUACUACUACAGAUUUCAUGGGAGCACUUGCCCCACAUAUUAUUUUGUCUUAUCAAAAGCACAGGAUAUUGUUGACACACAUUGGUCUGGAAGUUUUGUUUUUGAUAUUAUUAAGAAAUUAUAACAAAUUUAUGGACUCAAAUUAGGAUGGAUUUUAACUUUGCCUGCGUUUUCGGCUAUAGUUUGGCAGUGAUCUCAAUACAUCUGACAUAUAGAGAGACUGCA